UGAAUGGGUAGCACAGAUAGUUAGAACGCCGACAGAUGUUGCGUUUCUCGGACUCCUGAAUCAAUGCCGCCUCCGGAGGCGGAGUUUUUGUUUUAUUUUUUUAUUUUUUAUUUUCUUAAUUCUGCUGCUACCGACUGGCAGACAGGGGGCAGCAAAAGGUUCCAUCUCUUUCUUGACUGGAUCACACAGGACAAGCAGCAGCAUCAUCAUCCUCAUCAGCAUCACCCACCACCCUCUGUCACAAGGACGAGCUCUUCAUCUAGACGGCGCACAAGAAACAGGACGAUCUUUCUUUCUUUUCUCCCCCCUCCAUUAUCAGAAGCAUAAUAUUGAAGCAUCGAGAUGCUGGCCUGCACGGAGCUGAUCACCAUGUGUCUCCAGUCCGCCAAGCACGACCACUUAAGAAAGCAGCAGGAGCUCGACUACAAUCAGAACCAAGGCUUCGCUUUAUUCCAGGAUAUUUUUUGUCGGGCGGACAAAAACGACGAUGGCAAGCUGUCCAUGGAGGAAUUCCAGUCCUACUUCGCUGACGGCGUCCUCACUGACGAGCAGAUGCAGGAGCUGUAUUACUCCAUCGACAGGCAGCAGACAGACAACCUGGACAUAGACAAGCUCUCAGCGUACUUCACUCCUCACCUGGGGGAAUAUGUCAAUGUCCUGUCUGCACUGGAAAAGCUGAACGUGGCCAUUUUAAAGGCCAUGGAUAAAACUAAAGAGGAGUAUCAAGGCUCAUCAGUGCUUGGCCAGUUUGUCACUCGCUUCCUGCUGAGGGAAACCUCCUCCCAGCUUCAGUCCCUGCAGUCCUCCCUGGAUUGUGCCACAGAGGCUGUCCAUGACCACGGCUGCACAGGGAGGAGGAUGGUGAAGAAACCCGAGGACCUCCCCAUCCAGAGGGUCGCCAAGCGGCCCAACCGACGCAUCCAGAAGAACAUGUGUCUCUCUCCCACGGACCCCUACUCCGGGAUGCUCACCACAGGGGUAAGCGUGGAGCCGGACAACCACUGGGGCUCCCAGAUUAACCAGCUGGAGGAGCUCAUGGAUAAACUGGACUGUGAGAGUCCACGUCUUGAACCGCUUAACGAAGACACUUUGGCAGGAACAUAUAAAUCGAACAUUCUUCUGGUUCAGAGGCAGAUGUCUGUGAAGGAGAGAGACGUGGAGCAAUUCCAGCAAGCUCUCAAAAUCUACACAGAUGCCACCAGCAGCCAGCUUAACAACCUACACGUUUCAGUCCAAAACCUGCCAGACAGAUCAUGCUUCAUCAUGUAUGAGUUCUGGCAGGAUCGUCUCUCCUGGAUGAGCUAUCUGCAGUCGUCCAUCAGCAAAACCUUUCAGCGCUGCAUCAUCGACUCGCUGGAAGAGCCAGAAAUAGUCUCCACUAUGCUUCUCCCAGCUUCCUGGUGGAUCAUGAACAACAAUUGAACAAACACAGCUGCUCAAAACACAGUGGAAGCAGAAGAAGGAAGGAACCUCCUCUGCGUCCUUUUGGUUUGAAACCAAGCCCUGCCCCCACCCCCUUCCCCCCUUCUGGCAUGACCGGGAUUGCUUUUGUAACAUUUUCAGUUUUAAAAACGGACAGCCAAGAAAAAUGUGCAAUACUAUGACGCAAACAACAAUCUCAGCUUGCAAAAACAGCCACAAAAAAAGAGGUAAACCAGUGUGUAACUGGGCAAUCGAAAGCCUAAUGCUCAUUUCAGACUCACUGGCACAUUUCAAUCUACUUACCUUUUUGAAACACAAGAGAGAUGAUUAAAAUAGGAUGUGCAUGACUUCUUUUUCUCUGAAUGCUUGUUUCUUUUUUUCUCAGAGUUGCAUCUUGCAGUAGAUAGAUAUGACAGCAAUGGCACAACAAAGAAAAAAAGAGACGCAAAAAUAAAAUCUUACCAGUCCAUCCGCUGCUUUUUCCUCCACAGUAAGAGAAAAACACACACAAAAAUAAAUCUCGUGCUUUGGUGUUCUCCUUGUACUGUUGUGCGUUGUUGUCUCCUCCUUUAUACAGAUAGGUCAGACAGCCAUCUCAUAGGACAAUAGCUAUUGAAUAAUUAUGACCUGUAUCUGAACACCUAUCAUCUGUGUCACUCUUGCACUUUAAUAAAUAUAUCUAUAUGGAACAUGUA